AUGAAUAUUCCAUCGUUUGACAAUACAUCAACAUUACCAUCAGAAUACACGGAUUUUAAUCAGCGUCAAGAAUCUCAUGAAGUUACAACGGGGCAUCCACCAAAUGAGACUACUGUAGGUGAUAAUAAUGAACAUGAAGCCGUAGGAAAUACCACAUCUGUCCCGGGUGCAAGCAUUAUAACUAUUGGUCCCGUUGUUAGUAAUAAAGAAGAGGAAGAAAAAUCUUUCAGUUCCAAAAAUGCCUUUAAUAAAGUUGGUUCUAAUCUUAAAAGCUUUGUUGGAUUUAUAGGGCCUGGCUACAUCGGCUAUCUUGAUCCGGGUAAUUGGGCCACUGAUUUAUCAGGUGGAUCACAAUUCGGAUAUUCGCUUCUUUUUAUCGUAUUUCUUUCAAAUCUCAUGGCAAUGCUAUUACAAGCAUUAGCCAUAAAAUUGGGCGUUGUGAGUGGACUGGAUCUUGCACAAGCUUGUAAAAUAUUUUUACCAAAGCAUUUGAACUAUAUACUGUAUAUAUUAUGUGAACUAGCUAUAAUCGCGUGUGAUAUAGCAGAAGUUAUUGGUAGUGCAAUUGCUAUGAAUCUUCUUUUCAACCUUCCAUUACCAGUUGGAGUUGCUAUAACAGCAUGUGAUAUCUUGUUAAUUCUGUUUAUCUAUCGAGAUAAUGAUAUUAAAGCUGCACAUAUAUUUGAAAUUCUUCUAAUGCUAUUGGUUGGAAUUGUAGGAUUUUGUUUUGUAGUAGAGUUGAUUUACUCUAAACCAGAUAGUGUUGAUGUGCUAAAAGGUUAUUUGCCAAGUUCUGGAAUAUUCACUAAUUCUGAAGAGUUAUACAUUGCGAUUGGUAUAGUCGGUGCGACCGUAAUGCCUCAUAAUUUAUAUUUGCACUCUCAUUUGGUCAAAGUAAGAAAAAAUCGGGAAGAAUCCAAAGGAUUCGAUAAACAAAUGGAAAAAGUUGAUGAAAUACCUAAAAAAAAUAAAAUAAAGUCAAUAGUUGAUAAUACAUUGAAAUUAUCUACUAUUGACUCGUCGGCAAUAUUAAUUGUUUCUUCAGCAAACUUUUUUUAUGGUGAUCCUAAUCGUUCACAAACAAAACCAGCAGAUCUUUUUGAUGCGUACGAUCUUUUGACAUCAUAUUUAGGUAAAGCAGCAUCAACCAUAUUUGCCAUCGGAUUGCUAGUAGCAGGACAAAGCGCAACACUUACUGCCACAAUGGCUGGUCAAGUAGUGAUGGAAGGAUUUGUAGAAUGGAAAUUAAAACCUUGGAUGAGAAGGUUGAUUACCAGAGGUUUUGCUGUUGUACCUGCUAUGAUUAUUGCAAUUGUUCGAGGUAGAAAUGGUUUAAAUGACCUUUUGGUAGCAAGUCAAGUUGCAUUGAGUAUACAAUUACCAUUUGCAAUUAUUCCUAUGGUUUGGUUUACUAGUAAUAAGAAAUUUAUGCGGGUUAACAUUAGAAAUUUGGAAGAAAGGGUUAUGGCCGAUAAAUUAAAGCAACAAGAUGAAAGUUUAACACCACCUGACCUCAAUAGCAUAUUUUCCACAACUCCACUUACUCCUAAUUCACCAUAUACUCGGACUUCGAUUAUUACUGUUUAUAAUGUAAAUCAUGUGUCUCAACCUUCUGAUGACGAUAUAUUGGACUUUUCAAAUUCCAUUUUACUUACUACUAUUGCAAUUAUAGUUAGUGCUGUUAUUCUUGGGCUGGAUUUGUAUUUAGUUUUUAGCACCAUUAGAGGUUUUAUUGCAGGAUAG